AUGUCAGCAAAAUUGGAACUGACGAUUCGGGGUCUCCUAAAAAAUAUUGAAGAUGCUGUUGAGGAGGACAGUACUGAUUGGAGAAUAAAGAAAUAUGUACGAACUUUGGAUGGAUUGUUGGCGGAUUUGGAACAUUUUGAUCCAGAAGAAACCAACAUUGAUACUUAUAAGAAACGAGCUGCUGCAGUAAAAAAGGAGAUUAACUACAAAGAACAAGUAGAAAAGAAACCAAGCGGAACAGUUGGCGAUGUCAUGACAGAAAUUAAUUCAAUUAAAAAUGCAAAAAUCCAUCAAGAGCUUCGAAAAGAAUUGCUUGGAAGUGAAAAUAAUGGCUUGCGACACAGAAACGUUGUUGGAGGAGAUGACAAUCUUGAACAAGCUGUGAAACAUUAUUCAAACAUUCAAGAAAAAUUAGCUGAAGAAAUGUUACUGUUGACACAAAACCUGAAAGAACAAACGCAAACUGCCAACAUGAUCAUUAAGAAAGACACAGAAAUUGUUUCGCGUUCCUCACAAAUGACAGAAAAGAAUUAUGACGUACUCGCAAGUGAAUCCAACAAAUUGCAAGAUCAUUCUAAACGAGCAUGGAAAUGUUGGAUGCUCUUUUUCAUAUUGUUAGUCAUCGUUAUAUUCAUUACAAUGGUCCUUUUUAUGCGAGUAACGAAAAAACGAACGUCAUAGAAAAUUUUGAGGGGAUUGAGGAAACGAAUGCUUUUAUUUUUGUUGUAAAUAAAAUUUAUUCCAAUUAAAAACCGUAUUUGCUGGAUGCUGCACGCUUGUUUUGUCGAUUUGCUGCCCACAUA